CCCCUUCACCACUUUGUACCUUUCUCGCGGCGACGGCGAAGCGGGCCGGCCGGGCCGGACCAGACCAGACCCGACCGCGGGGGCGAUGCGGCUGCUGCCCCUGCUGCGGACUGUCCUCUGGGCCGCGCUCCUCGGCUCCCCUCUGCGAGGGGGCUCCGGCCUCCGCCACGACUUCUACUGGAACUCCAGUAACCCCAGGCUGCUUCGAGGGGACGCCGUGGUAGAACUGGGCCUCAACGACUAUCUAGACAUCUUCUGCCCACACUAUGAGGGCCCAGGACCCCCUGAGGGCCCCGAGACCUUUGCUUUAUACAUGGUGGACUGGCCAGGCUACGAGGCCUGCCAGGCGCGGGGGGCAGGUGCCUUCAAGCGCUGGGAGUGCUCCCUCCCCUUCGCUCCGUUUGGCCCCGUUAAAUUCUCAGAGAAGAUUCAGCGCUUCACACCCUUUUCCCUUGGCUUCGAGUUCUUGCCUGGAGAGACCUACUACUACAUCUCCGUGCCGACUCCCGGGGGUCCUGGCCAAUGCUUGAGGCUCCAGGUGUCCGUCUGCUGCAAGGAGAGCAAGUCCGAGUCAGCCCAUCCUGUUGGGAGCCCUGGAGAGAGUGGCACAUCUGGGUGGCAAGGGGGGGGCGCUCCCAGCCCCUUCUGUCUCUUGCUGCUGCUGCUGCUCCCGAUUCUGCGUCUCCUGCGAGUUCUCUGAGCCAAGCGGACCCUUCCUGCCACCCCAGGACCCAGAGACCUCCCAAGGCUCCAUGGAGGAGGAGCCCCUGCCACCUGAGCUGGGAAUGCCAAGCCAGACAGACAAGAUGGAGGAGCGACGGGGGGGUCAGAGGGUCUGAGGUGGCCCUUGCAGGUGCCGGCCCCUCAUCCCAGGUUGAAGAGGAACCACAGGAGAGCUGCAGACAGCCCUGGACACCUGGCGCCCAGGCAAGACAAACACAGUCUCCCUCAGCAGUUCUGGGGGUCUCACCCAUC